CUCACAGUCUCGGUUUUGGUUCCAGGAUCAAUCACCCGGGCAGCCGCCCCUCGUGUCCCGAGUCACCCAUUGGCCCCAGUGCAUUGCGUGCCUUGUCGCCGAUGUCCUGGCUGGGUAAAUCGGGACGGUAGCUCGGGUAAUUUACUGGCCAUAGAUUUCCCUCGACGGCCCCCCCACUUUUCUGCUUGGAGGGGCAACGCUGAGGCGCGAGUUGCCCCUCCGUCGACAUCAUCCCGCCCUGGGUGUGCUGGAUGGACCUGCCUCCUAUCAUGCGUGUUUUUAGGCUCACGAGGUUCUCGGAUCCUUGUUAUAAAGCCCACCUCCUCCCCUGUCCGCUGGACCCUUUCUUCUAUCCUCAACAACCAAAUCUCUCUUCCAAUCUCUAAAACCCUCUCCAUCCACAGCUAUUCACGAUGUCGAACCUUGAGCACACCAAGAAGGUCUACACCCUCAACACCGGGGACAAGAUCCCUGCCCUUGGUCUCGGUACCUGGCAGUCCAAGCCUAACGAGGUCCGCGAGGCUGUCAAGAAUGCUCUCCUGAAGGGUUACCGCCACAUUGACACUGCCCUUGCCUACGGCAACGAGGCUGAAGUCGGUGCUGGUAUCAAGGACUCGGGCGUCCCUCGCAGCGAGAUCUGGAUCACCACCAAGCUCGACAACCCCUGGCACCACCGCGUUGCCGACGGCAUCGCCUCCUCUCUGAAGGAUCUCGGCACCGACUACGUCGACCUGUACCUGGUGCACUGGCCCAGCUCGACUGACCCCAACGACCUGUCGAAGCACCUUCCCGACUGGGACUUCAUCAAGACUUGGCAAGAAAUGCAGAAGCUCCCUGCCACCGGCAAGGUCAGGAACAUUGGUGUUUCCAACUUCGGAAUCAAGAACCUGGAGAAGCUUCUGAACGACCCCAGCACCAAGAUCGUCCCCGCCGUCAACCAGAUUGAGCUGCACCCCAACAACCCGUCGCCCAAGCUGGUUGCCUACAACACCUCGAAGGGCAUCCACUCCACCGGCUACUCCUGCCUGGGCUCCACCAACUCCCCCUUGUACAAGGACCCUACCCUGUUGCAGCUGGCCGAGAAGAAGGGCCGCACUCCCCAGCAGGUUCUCCUUCUCUGGGGUCUGCAGAAGGGAUGGAGUGUCAUCCCCAAGUCCGUCAGCAAGUCUCGCAUUGAUGCCAACUUCGAGCUGGACGGCUACGAGUUGACUGCCGACGAGAUCAACCAGCUUGACAACCUGAAGGACCGCUUCAAGGUAUACUUCCCCCUGCUGACCGGCCGCAGGUUUGCCUACGAGAAGGCUUGGAAAACCUUCAAAACCAAAUUUCCAGAGCCUGUCCAACAGAGCUCCCUUCGAUUUCAACCAGCGUAUGCUCGUAUCAAUCCUCGACAGCCCAUCAGCCGCGCUGCUGCGAUCCGGCAAGCCCGGAGCCGCCACUUCUCCACUCGUGCCACAGAUUCCUUCGUCUCCUAUAUCCGGUCUGGCCUCCAGGGUGGUAAGGCUCCCCGACAGGUAUCGCAGGUUGCCUCGAACAUCAGCCGUCUCACAAGUCGUGCGCCAUUCGCCUCAACCCUCCGCCCAAACUUGACCGGUGGUACUUUGUGUCGUACAGCGGGCGGUUAUGCCAUUGGUGCUGGCCGCGUUGGGGGUGCGCGGUAUUUCUCUCAUGGCCCGGCGGCCCCAGCCCAGGUUAUCAAUAAUGUCUCUGUGGGAAUGCGAGCUUUCUUCUUGUCCGGACAGAAGGUCCGAUUCGAUGGCAUUGAUUCCGUCAGCGGAAACAAGAAAUACAAGGCUGUGACUAAGUUGCAGGAUCAGGCUGAGAAGCAGAUGAUGGCCAUCCCCCGCUCCGCUCCGGGUUCUUUCAUUGACUUCCAGCUUUCACCUACUGUCACGGCCUUCGGCCUGCAGAAGAAGUUUGAUCCUAACGGAGCCUUCCAGUCCGAGACGAUCAACUCGGAGGGCCUUCUGGAUUUCCUCUCCGCCGACUUUGCGCGUGCCCUCAAGGACCUAGCCGCUGUGCUAAAUGAUCUUAAGCGUCUCUCAGCUUUGGGUGACUUGCCUAUCUUGCUUCACGAUAAAUCGACUAUCCGUGUGCGGUUCCCUGGUUGCGAUGCCGACACUGUGGAGCGGCUCUGCGACGAGGUCGGGGUUCAGCGUGGCAAGAUUGUUCAAGAUGAAGAUUUCGAUGCUUUCACCGGCGCUGAUAUGGCUCUGCUUUUCCCGUUCGCUCCAAGUGCACCCCCUUCCCCGGAUAUGGAAGAAUAUUUCUACCGACAGGAACCGUCGGAGCUACGAAAUCCGGAGGAAGUCGACUGGCAGGCCAUGAUGUCCCCGGAGAACAAAGCUAAAUCUUCAUCCAGUGGCCUGGGACGUUCAGCCAACAAGAUCAGUUUUGAGGAUGUUACACUUUUCGCUGAAAACCCGUGGGUCUCAUCAUCGUCUGGAUACUCUAGUAUCAACGUUAGUGAGCUUGGUGAUCGGGCCCUUUUCCCAGAGGUCUCAAGCGCCGGUUUCCCCGAAAGCUCUUCUGGAUACGAUGGAGUCGAAGGGAUCCACAGGUUUCUAGCGGAAUGUGAUUACGCAACGCGCUACAAUUAG